ACUUUGUUUCCGUUGGGUGUCUUUCUUGUAGACCACGCUGGAGCCUAAAAAGGUUACCUUUUUCAUUUGAUUCUCUCUCUCUCUCAACUGCGUCGUCUCGGAUCAAUUCCAGUAUCCGAAUUUGCUAAUUCGGAUCGUUGAAUUUGUCGGGAUCAGGAGUCGAACGUUGGUCGCUUCUUCGACUCGGAGAAAUCCCCGACUUCGAAGAAGUGGUUCUGAUCUUAUUAUCCACCUUUAGCGUCUCCGUCACAGUCACGAUCGAAGGCUUGGUUUUCGAAGUUCAAAAUGGAGGAGAAGUCUAUGUGUGUAAAAGAGCGUUUUCUGAACGGACAUCAACAUCACGGUUCCUUUUCUUCUUCUUCAUGCCUUAGUUCUUCUCGAAGGGAUGUUUCUUACAGCUGUGGUUCUUGUGGAUAUGAGCUAAACCUAAGCUCUGGUGAUCGAAAUACCUCAACCAUCAACUCUAAAUAUGGGAAAUCUAUAAAGAGAGGGAUCAUAUCUUUCUUUUAUAUUGAUGAGAGCAGAUUUACUCAGAUGGAUGAAAUCCAAUGCAUACCUCACUUUUCUAAGUACUCCUUGGGCUUGAUCCGCAGAAGAACCAAACUUCUUUGCCGCAAGUGUGGUAAUCCAAUUGGAAUUGCUUAUAUUGAUAGGUCAUCGCACCCUAUUGUAUCAGAUGGAAAUGACUCUUCCUCAAGUAAUGAAGCAUCAAGUCAACGAAAAUAUGAUGUUAAAAUCCGUGCCUUACAGCCUUCAUCUUCUGAAAAAUUUGGCAUUCCGUUUUCCCCGUGACAUAGUUGAGCAAGCUUGUUUUAGAGGUUCCUUUCCCUUAAAAGAUAUAUGCAACAACCAAGCCGAGAAUUUUCUUGGUAGCCUGUUCUUCUAAAGGUGUCUUCCUAUGUUUGUUUGGUGUUUUCCUUAUAUGGUUACUUGUACAUAAAAGUUUCAAAUCCAAUUUAUAAAGAAAGUGGUGUUUGAACUGAAGGGGGUUUGGUUGAGAAAAUCUUGUAAAAGCACUCCUAAGUUAAGUUGGGGGCAGUGAUGUGAUAUUUUCAAGGUGUUAUGUGAUUGACAUGAGUUUGGUGGAGCA